UACUGAUAACCUAGAAUUAUUCUUCCGUUAUGGUAAAGUAAUGUAAUUUUAAAGAUAAUUGAGCUAGAUAUAGAGCCUAGUAUCUCGAUGAUCGACUAUUCUUAUUUGGUCAAAACAUUUGAUAAUGCAAAUAUUGAUUUGACUUACUUGACUUACUAGAUCGCUAGAUACAAGAAUCAUAGAAUCUUAAGAAUGGUAUUUGGUCGCUUUCAUUCGUAGAACGACAGAAAUGAUUUUUAUAGAAGACGUCACAUCUUAACUCUUAGUUAUGGUUUCAAUUUCAAGGCUUUCAGGGGGCACCACCAUCAGCAAUCAAUACAACUGUUUCUGUGGGAAUCAAAUUUCGUUCAGUUCUAUCAAGCAUUGAAACACAUGAAUGCUGAGAAAAGAUUCUUAACAAUGUUUCCUUCUUACGAAUUUCAAGAGAAACCAGUCAGGAGACUGUCAGAAUAUAUGUUCCAGCCCAUCAGGGAAGAGAACAGCCCCCUGAAUACUGAAAGCAUUGACCACAGCGAUGUAUGUUCUGUCAGCUCUGCCCACGGCAAUAUCUCCCCUAGCCCAACAAACUGGGUACGCUGGAGAUGCUCGCACGUUGAGAAGGCGGACCCCCAUCACAUAGUCUUAAACCAGAUGACUGUCGCAUUGUCCCAGUCCUUCACAGACGACUGCAGUUCCGAGCUUGAACGCAUCUGGGAGCAAUCGAGCACACGUAGAACAAAGUUUAUGGAUCGUAAACACUCCAAGACCCCGCGAUCAAACAUUGCAGCCCCUGAGGAAGUUGCACAUGGGGGAAUCAAAGAAAAGAUGAAAUCAAAUCUUUACAGGUAUAAUAUAGCCAGCGAUUCCACGGAUGCAGAAAAAGGCGCAAAAAUUGAUCACUAUUGGGAACUUUGUCAAGGAGACGCAGAGCACGUGACAGCUCUUGAAAGAAUCAUGUCAUUUUCUUCUGUUGAUCUGGCCCGUACUACCCAUUAUUCUGCUUCCACUGAUGUGUCUGAGUCAUCCGCACUAUUGGAUGCAGAUGAUCAACUCAAAGACAAGCGCUGCACACGAAAAAGAAAGAGCGUCACGUUUUUGGAAAACAAAGAUGUCCCCGUCCCAGACACAGCCUCAAACGUUGAGUGGGCCAACUUCUCUCCUGACGCGAAGAAACCCAAGCACUACUCGAAACGCAAAAAGAAAAGCUUAGACACUUUAAAUAGACACGUCGAAAAGGCCAAACAAUUGCUUGAAAAAACUAGAAAAUUGAUUAGGAGAAAUGGCGAUGAAGCGAGUAGAAAUGCAUCGCGCGCUAGACACAAGGGAGAGAAACAUCUACAUGAGAAACGUAGAACUAUCAAAACUGUUCCAAAGCUAGAGAAGUCUUAUCGAUCAUUGUCAUUGGAUUCAUUGGAAGCUGCUUCUUGGAGUGGAUCCAAAAAAAGGAAUAAAGUCAUAAAAGCAACAAAUCUAAGACUUUUAGCAGAUCUCAAAGGGAAGAGGUUCCAACAUAAGUUAUCCAAUCCUGAGCUGGCAAUAAGAGACAGACAUCAUACUAAGCAUUUCAAAGUAAAGCAGACUGGGUAUUCACUAACUCCUAAAACCAGUGAAAUAGCCACCCGACAGAAUGGCUCCAAUCAGGACUCUCCAGGCAAAUCAAACAUCAAAGAGAGUCCCAGCUUAGAUGAACGCUUGUUAGAAGCUCUUCUUUAUCAGAAAGAAGAUCGUUUAAUAAGAAGUCUGUCCGCUGAGAGAGCCACUGUUCAAUUGAUCCCAAGCAAAAGGAAAACAGACAAGAACCAUCAUCGAGCUCUCAGCAGAAAGUGCAGCAAAGGUCAGACACAUCCAACUCUCGGGGAUUACCACUCAGCGCACUCUUCCAGCAAGGAGCGUCACCGCCAGGCACAGUCAGUGUCGAAGAAGAGCAUCAAACUAAAACCUCAGAAAACGAUUUACUAUUUUAAAGUGAAAAGAAAAAAACAUAAAGAAAAUAGUUCAAAUGAACGACUCAGCAAUAGCGAAAUCUGCAUGAGGCAAACCAAGUCCAGAAGUUCGAAAAGCAAACAAAAGAACUGUCGGAGCCAAAAGUUCACUUUCAGAUCUGAAUCUCCUCGGUCCUUGACAAAGAAAACAUUUCCUAAGAAAGAACAAGUGUUUGUGCCUAGUGACAUUACAAGAACCACAUCCGAACCUUCUUUCCUCAUUGAAACUGGUCAGUCGUCUGCUAAGAAAAAAAGACACAAGAGAUCGAGUUCUCUGUCAACAGAGAACAUGAAACGUCCAGCAGCGCUAAUUCAAUCGUCACCCGAAGCCAAACAGCAGGAUGGACUUAAAAUAAAAAAGAUCAAACCAGAAAGAAAAAGAAAGAAAGAAAAACUAAUAACAAAAUCGAAAGCGGCCAGCCAUGAACAAAACCACCAAGGAAAAGGCGCGUCUACAUCACGGAGUCCAAAAAAAUCUAAGACUAAUACCAGUGUCAUGGAUGUACAACAAAAGACCAACCAAAAACACACACAUUUAGAUGUUCCAAAUUUCACUAGGUCAAAAAUUCGCGCCUCAAAACAGAAAAAAGAAAACUGUAAAUCCUGGCCAUCAAAUCAACAGCAUAAAAAUACACAUUCUACUUCUGAAGAAAUUCUCAAAUCUCUAAAGGUCAAAGAGCCCUGCAAAGCAAGACGUUGGAAGAACGAUGGUGAUUCCAAAUGUCAUCUUGGCGUCAAACAUUCUCCUACCUCGUCCAAUUUGUCCGCAGACCAUCUUGAUGUUUGGAAUAAAAGCUCAAUUAAAGGCAUUCUGAAAAAUUGCCCAGUUCCAAACUCAGAUCUGGUAGAGGAUACAAUGGUUGCAAACGUAACCAAUGCACAAGAGUUGCCUUCCCCUUUUAUCGGCGACACUAAAAGUGUAGAAAAGAUUGAGACAAAAACUGUAGAUGCCAGCACAACAGUGGAUCCAGCAUUGCUUCCUAGGACUGAAACUAAACCUCAUCAAGGCUCUGCUGAAAGACCAACUCUAGCACCGAAUUCCGAGCGCCAGAAUUUCUUUAGGUACAUUCAAAGUAGCGCUGCGAAACUGGUUCAAGAGGUCAAGGAAACCUUUGGUCUUAUCGAUAUGGUGGAGGACUUGGUCGUGGAUGAGAUGGAGUCCGACAGAAACAUUCGACCUGGACAUCAAACAUUCUAAUGGUCGCAAAUAUAUCACCUUUAGAAGUGAACUCGCCUUUGUCUUGACACUAGAAUGUGCACAAAUGUUCUAGCCACUUCUUGUAGCACCUUAUUAAUGUUUCCAACUUUUCGUAGCACCUAGCCAAUGUCGUGAAGCACCUAGCCAAUAUCAUGUAGCACCUAGUCAAUGUGUCCAACUUCGUGUAGCAGCUAGCCAAUGUCGUGUAGCAGCUAGCCAAUGUCAUGUAGCAGCUAGCCAAUGUUUUCAACUUCUUGUAGCAGCUAGCCAAUGUUUUCUAAUUUAAGUAUAAGCUUUUCUAAAUUGGGAGAAGGGAAGAACUAAUAUUUGGGGAAAAAGGGGGGGGGGUCAUAAA